AUGUCGGCUUGCUUAAGCAGCGGUGGCUCCGCCGCCGCAUACAGCUUCGAGUUAGAAAAGAUAAAAUCACCACCGUCAAGCUCAACCACCACCAGAGCUACAUCGCCGUCAUCAACAAUCACCGAAUCAUCCAACUCCCCGCUCGCAAUCUCAACCCGAAAGCCAAGAACGCAGCGAAAACGACCAAACCAGAGUUACAACGAAGCUGCGACUCUUCUCUCGACCGCUUAUCCCAACAUCUUCUCUCCCUCCUUCUCAUGCAACCACUUGUACACCAACAAGAAAACUCAUCAUUUCUAUGGAUUUGACGACGAAGCUGAGCUGAUUCUCCCCUUUGAAUCAGUCGAGGAGCCUGACUUUCUCUUUCUCCCGACGAUACAAGUGAAGUCUGAAUUCUUCUCCGAUCAAAAGGAGGUAAACUCCGGGGUCAGUAUCACCGGUGACGAAUCUGAAGUGAAUCAGUUUGAAUUUUCCGAUGAGUUCGACGCCGAGUAUCGAAUUCUCGAUGAGGAAACUGAAGAGGGAAUCGAUAGUAUAAUGGGGAAACUUGAAGCCAAAGCUCCAGGGAUCAAUCCUGGCCGUCGAAUUAACCGGUUAGAGCAGAUCAUGAUGCUGAAUAAAGGAUUCAAAUUCCCCCCGCUGGGACUUGGAUUAAGAAAUGCUCUCAGAGGAGGAGGAGGACAACACAACGAUGCAUUUCACACCGUUGAUUUCGAUCAGAUCUCUCCGCGAAUUCAGACCGUCGAUGAGGUGAAGAAGACGGAGGUCAAGAAGAGUAAGAAGAAGAAGAAGAAAGUUACCGCGGCAGUGACGGAAUCAAAGAGCGUAGUAGAGACGAGUAAAGGAGUUACGGAGGAGAGAUCAGAAGGUCAUCCGAUGUUGAGGCUCGACUACGACGGCGUUUUGGAAGCUUGGUCUGAUAAAGCGACGCCGUUUGGGGAUGAGAGUCUGAGCCCCGAAGCUACCGGAGCCGACGGCGUCAAUGCCAGAUUAGCUCAGAUUGAUUUGUUCGGAGACAGUGGAAUGCGAGAAGCAAGUGUUUUGAGGUACAAAGAGAAACGUCAAACUCGGCUUUUCUCCAAGAAAAUUCGAUAUCAAGUUCGAAAAGUCAAUGCUGAUCAACGUCCUCGAGUGAAGGUAUCUUCACCCACCUUAAUGCGUGGUUAAAACAUGGACGAUUCGUGAGAAGGCCCAGUGCAAGUCCUCCAAGUUGUCAAAGAUAACAAAGGAAAAACAUAGCCAAGUUUCACUCCUUUUAUAUUUCCUUCUUAGUUUUUUUUUUCAUAAAUUUUGCCACCCUCAUUUUUGUUCCUUGAUUUAAAGCCCCUUUCGUUUUAUAGUGUAGGCUUUUUUCCUUCCUUAAAUCAGGAUUAUGAAGAUGAUUUAAAUUGAGAGAAGGUGAGGGAUCAAAACGAAUAAAAAGUCUUUUUGUUUUUGAAUAAGGAAUGUGUUGAACUUAAAGUCAUUGUACAAAUGUAUACCAACGAUAUAUAUUGUUGGUUUUAUACAAAGUUAUUUAUGCAUGAAACAAG